UUGGUGCCAGCUUUUGCCUUGACUUGACCAGCUAUGUCUAAUAUAAUAACAUGGGUAGUAUGUGCAACGAUUGGAUUUUGGUGCCCAGAAAGUGAUCCUAUUGUUCAGCUUCCAAACGGCAAGAUUCGUGGUGUCAAUCAUGGUAAUUAUUUGUCCUUUGAAUCGAUUCCUUAUGCAGAACCACCGAUUGGAAAAAAUCGUUUCGAAGCCUCUAAGCUUUAUUCGGGUAAAUGGUCAGGUAUUAGAGAUGCAACUAAGCCAUCAGUUAUAUGUGUGCAAUGGGAUCAGUUUUACAACAAAGAAGAUCGUACACAUGGAGAUGAAGAUUGUCUUCUAAUAAACGUUUACACUCCUAGUCUCUCAAGUGAAAAACCUUAUAAUGUGUUGAUAAAUAUUCAUGGAGGAUCUUUCAUGUACGGUAAUGCUAUAGAGGACAAGAUAGAUUUGCUUAUGAAAAAUCGACAAUUAGUUAUCGUAAAAAUGAACUAUCGACUUGGAGUUAUGGGUUUUCUUAGCACCGCAGAUGAAGUAAUUACUGGAAAUUUCGGCUUAAAGGAUCAACUUCUUGCCUUGGAAUGGACAAAGGCUAAUAUUGCAGCGUUCAAUGGAAAUCCUGACAAAAUGACAGUUAUAGGAGAAUCUGCAGGAUCAGCUUCGGUUCAUUUUCAAAUGUUGAACAAGAGAUUCGAAAAGUUAGCAACAUCGGCAAUGUCUUUUAGUGGAACAGCCUUAUCAGAUUGGGGUAUUGAUGGGCACGCAAAUGAGAAGGCUAUAGCUGUUGCUAAAUAUUUAAACUGCCCAACUGAAAGCUCCAGUUCAAUUAAAAAGUGUUUGCAAAGUAAGGACGCAGCGGAUAUAGUUCGAACAGCAAAAGAGUUUCAGAAGAAUAAUGUAGGAAAUUAUAAUCCUGCAAUUAUUUUUUCACCUGUGGUUGAGCCAAAAACUGCAAAAGAUACUUUCAUCACUGAAAAACCUGAAAUAAUAAUCAGAAAUGGAAAAUCAGCUGAGGUCCCUUGGUUAGCAUCAUUUAUGAAGGACGACGGAGUAUAUCCUUGUUCAGAAUAUAUGCAAAAGGAUUCGAAUGGAGUGGAAGUCAUUGAGCAGUUAAAUGAACGUUGGACUGAACUAGCACCUAUUGACCUAUGUCUCAACAAUGUUGUUGAGAAGAGCGAAUUACCAGCAUAUACAACUAAACUUAAGCAGAAAUAUAUGGGAGAUAAAAGAUUUAGUGCUGAAAACUAUUUCUUACUGCAAAAGCUUUGUACCGAUAUUGUUUUUGAGAAUGGAGUUAAAAUGGCUUGGGAUUUGCAUACAAGAUACACAAAAUCUCCAGUUUAUGGUUAUAUGUAUGAUAACCCACCGCCUUCUGGGCUUGGUAAUGUGAUCGCUAAUCGAUCUGAUGUAAAUUUUGGAACCGCACAUGAUAGUGAUUCUAGUUUGAUUUUUAAUACCGAGUCCGGUAUAGCAGCUUUUCCUGAAAACCAACAAAAAAUGUCAUCAAAUUUCGUUGGAAUGAUUGAAAAUUUCUGUCUCACUGGGAAAUUACAGUUCGGAAGUUGUAAAUUUGUGAAAAAUUCUUCAAAGGCUAAAGGUUUUAUGGCAAUGCAUAUAACAAAAAAUUCAUGUCAGUCGGUAAAUGCAGAUCAGUUACCGUAA